CCUGCCUGUAACCGCCGCGCACCGCCGAGUCCUAUCACAACAUACAUGGCGAGGCAGCAUCCAUGCAUGUGUGCGGCGCUCGCCACACGGCCUGGCCAUUUGACCUGCUCGAGCAUGAUCAGGGGAAUAAACGUGAGUGAAAGCGUGACGUGGGUCGAGCAUUCGAAGAAAAUUUCAAGAAAUUCAAUAAUUUACAUAUAUGGCGGAGGACUCUCCCGGCUGGGAGAUCAAACGGCCGGAGGUCAGGGCGACGGGUGGAGAAACUGGCGGACUAUCCUAGCCGAAUCCAGCUCUUGCAUCUUGGCUGCGAGCGAACUGCCACAGAACCCUAGCCGCCCCUGACGGUGAGCGAGGCUGACCGGGAUCAAAUCGUUGAUCAAUGAUUUCAGUGGAUUCCCCAUGCCACAUGGCAGUAGCAUCGGUAGCCAGGUCAAGAUACUUGUGUUUGUUUUCCGUCUUAACUCUCUCAAGGAAUUGCAAAUGUCUACUAAAACCACCAGUCUGUUCUUGUAAUAAUAAUAAGGCUGCUUCUAAUCCAGGAGGCCGAGCAUCUCUUGGUGAAUGAUUUUGGUUGCUUGCUUAUGUAUGUGCAGAUACUCAGUGUUGAAAAGAGCCGAACAACCCGAAAGCAAAUGUCUGAGUGACUCGCCGGGGUGGCGACAGGCUCGACGGAUGUCGUGAGUGCCACCCUUCAGAAUGUACUUUCGGUAGUUCCGCGUCUUUACCACCUGAUCUUGUAUCGCAAAUACAAACCCUUUGGUUUCCCCAAAGAGAUCACUGAAGCACAGCCGCAAGAACGCUUUCUAUUGACGUGAGACUCAUGAAGAGAAACACUCUAAUAUUAUUACUAGCAGACGCCCGCAAUUUCGUUCGCUAGUAAUGACUCUAUGUAAAUUUUCCACCCCUAUUUCACCUUCUGCUACUAUUAUGUUUUAAAAAUGUAUAAUAAAUAGUCCAUUAACCAUUUUACAAAAAUAUAUAACUCAAAAGUUUAACCAUUGAUACUAAAAAAUCUUUCAAUCCCUUUCAAAACCUUUAGGGGUUUUUUUUUAUUUCAACUAUUUUUUGGUAGUAUCUACACAUACCAAAUUAACAAACGUGACUUGAAAAAUGGAUGACUUUCCAUACAAACUUUCAACCCCUAUUUCACCCUUUUCUGACUUUAUUUUCGCUACUAAAAGUAUCCUUUAACCUGUCUUCAUAUUACGGUCUCCAGUUAGCGACCAAGUCUCGGAUCCGUAAGUCAUCACUGGCAAACAAAAAUUUUCUUUCGUUUGUUUUUUUUUUUAUUCUAGAUCUCGUAGUAUUACAUCAGGUGGGCAUCUACUUGGUCUGACAAUUCUUAAUGAAAAAUAAACAUGGUAUGUCUAAGGUCCAAGCCGUAGCAGAGAUGCCAGGCUUUGAUGUUCAAAUGACAACCGUCACGUAGGUAUGUAGUGCACAUUACACACGAGUAGUCAAGUGUUAUGCAUGUCGAGCGUGGACGCAGUACCAUAUCUGUACCGUGCCGUCAUUGUCUCGAUCGCUGCUCAUGUAACGGACGGCUCAUGAACCCCACAAUGACCGGACUUACAUAAUGACUUAACAAUGCUAUAAUAAAAAUAAGGCUGCAGCGGCCAUUGUGGGACCUUUGUUUUAAACCGGGUCAGAAUAGAUUGGUUUCGAUAAAUCCAUGUGUAUAGUUGGGAAACUAAAGACGUCGGUUAGCGCUGCAGCAGCUGGACACAGAACCAUUUCAUUUAAACUAACAUCAUAAAUAGCAGGCUAUAUUGUAUGUCAUUUAGAAAAUUCUAUUUAAUAUUAGUUUGUGUACUUUAGUUAUUUAAUUUACCUAGUAAUUCUUUUAGUUAAUUUGAUAUCUUUAUUUUACUAGUGUCUUAAAAUUGUAUUUUAUUUUAGUAAUUAAAUUUGACAUAUUAUUAUCUUUCUAAUAGAACAAUGAUGUAUAAUUUGCUCUUUUUUGAUAUACGAGUACUCGUCGGUGCCAUAUUAUAUUUUGUCUAUACUGACAUAUAUAAACGCGAAAGUUUGUAUCGAUGUAUGUUUGAUUGUUUGUUACUCUUUAAUGCCGCUACUACUGAAGCGCGAACAG